UGAUUGAGGUUACGCUGAUCCGGCCAGCGCGCACUCCAUCCGACGGCUGAGAUCGCAACCAGCAGCGAUCAGAGGGAGGCCACCCAUCUCCUCCCGUCGGCCGUCGCUCGAGCCCCGUCCACUCUGUUCAAUCUCCAAUCGCCAGGGGCCUAGUCCUAGUGCGAGCCCAGCCCUAGCCGCGCACAACUCCGGCGGCCGGCCAGACAUUCCAGGGCCCCCGUUCCGUUUCGUAGCAGGUCCGCCGCGCAAGAACACGCGCCCUCCUCCGCCUUUCUCACUAAUCCCUUCCUCUUUUCUUUUGCUUUCUAAUAAAAAAGAGCUGCCUUUGGAAGAUUCUGGUGCCGGGUUGCCCGGUUGAGUUCUUUUUUGAAUUCAAGUACAGGAACCCAGAUUGCGGGUGGUGGCAGGCUGUGUUCUUGGCCUUCUUCUGUUCCGGCGGAGUCCGUCCGGGACCGCCUCGCUCGGCUGCUCCCGGCGCCGACGGCGGCGGAUACUCUGAUUCGGAGUGUUCUCGCAGCGCGGCCGAGGUGUCCGGGAAUCGAUCUGAAUCAGCGCCUUCUCCGCGAGGGAGGAGUGGGAGUAAAUUUGGACACGUGUUUCAGUAAGAAAUCUGUGUCUAGUUUAGUGGGGAUCGGCAGCUGGUGUCGACCGGUGUGUUGCUGUUCAUCUUCAAGUUUUGGUGCUUCUAACUUUCCGAAAUUUGGAGAAUGGCUGAUAUCCAGCUAGGUUGCCACACUAUAAGGUCCCAUGGCACCAAAGUGGCAAGAUUACAUAUGUAUGAUUGGAUCAUACUCCUCUGCCUGGCUGUCCUUGAUGGACUGCUAAAUAUAAUUGAGCCUUUUCACCGCUUUGUUGGACGGGAUAUGAUGACUGACUUGCGCUAUCCUCUAAAGGGCAACACAAUUCCAUUUUGGGCUGUUCCACUGAUUGCAAUUGUGCUACCCUGGUUUGUCUUUGCUGGAAUUUACUUUAAAAAGAAAAAUGUCUAUGAUUUACACCAUGGCAUACUAGGGAUUUUAUAUUCAGUGCUUAUAACUGCUGUGAUUACCGAUGCAAUUAAGGAUGGUGUUGGCCGCCCUCGCCCAGACUUCUUUUGGCGCUGUUUCCCUGAUGGCAUACCUAAUUAUGAUAAUAUCACCACUGAUGUCAUUUGCCAUGGAGAAAAGAGUGUCAUCAAAGAAGGUCACAAGAGCUUCCCAAGUGGGCAUUCUUCAUGGUCUUUUGCUGGUCUAGGUUUUCUGGCGUGGUACUUGGCUGGCAAACUUAAAGCUUUUGAUCGCAAAGGUCAUAUUGCAAAACUGUGCUUAGUAUUUCUGCCUCUACUUGUUGCAUCACUUGUGGCAGUUUCUCGGGUUGAUGAUUACUGGCAUCACUGGCAAGAUGUGUUUGCAGGAGGCAUCUUAGGUCUUACAGUUGCUUCAUUCUGUUACCUGCAGUUCUUCCCGUAUCCCUUUGACAAUGAUGCUAUAUGGCCUCAUGCAUACUUCCAAGAGCUAGCUGAGACGCACAGCAAUGGCAAUGCGAACUCAUUUGAAAUAAGACCUACAGAGUUUGAAGAUGAAGAGGGACAUGGUGUCAUUGCCCUGAGAGACACCAGCCCUAUCUUGGAGUCGAUGGAGUCUGGCAGGAGACCGUGAAGCACUGCACUGCAGGUAUCUUUCUGAGUUAGACAAGCUAACUUGCAUGCAUGUCAGACUUGGCAAGUUGCGUGGUUGGAUCAUCUACACGGCCCAAGUAAAGAGUGUGUGGAGUUAUGUCUACCACCUUCCUGCGAUCAUUGAUGCUGGGCUGUUUCUUGUAAUAGAGGAGCAGGCCUUAAUACCAUGACAUAAUAGCUGUUGUGGUUAGAUGUAAAUGACAGUGAAUGUUUAUGUUUUCAGUGACAAUGUGAAUAGUUAGUUUUCCAUGCUUAUUGUAGAAAGUUUGUACUCAACGUUACCCUUUGGGCUUUGGUUGUGAUGAAAUCACUGGAUGGCAUGCAAACGGUUGCAAAGUGCUUCAGAAAUCAGUAUUUCUCCA